AUGUCUUCCCCAUCAAGAUCAUUUAGCCCCGAGGAUCUGGACUGCCUUGAUCAAGAUUUGAAGAGAAUACUGAAAGGACUGUCUCAGGACGUCGACGACUUCUUAUCUUCCCAGACCAGUCCAUUGUUGGAUCACAUGGACGAUAUUUCCGAUAAUCUGGAUCUGCAGGUAACCAAGCUCGAAAAACUGCGUGAUCAACUGGUCCAAAGAAUGGAACAACUUAAGGCUACCUUGAAGGCUUCAGGGUUCGAAGUUGAGGAGAAAGAGGCGUCACAAGGAGAGAAGAAGGAAAGUGAGCAGAAUCAGCAUCAGCAUCAUGCAGCGAAGAGUCCGAAACAUCGUUUAUCACCUCCAGCAAAGGUUAAGGUGCAGGAAAGUGAUGGUGAUGCGGACUCGGAGCGCGAAGUUGAGGCUGAAAAGGAGGAUUUCAACACUUUGUUCGGGUAG